AUGGCCACCGACGUCAGUCGCAUGCGCGAGCUGCUCACGCAGAGUCUGCGCGCGCCCGAACCGCAGCGCUCUGCGGCCGAAAAGGACCUGCAGCAGCUGCAACGCUGUGCCAUCACCGCUCCCUUCCUCGCUGAAGUGCUCGCGAUGUGCGUGGCACUGCCAGACGCCGACCAUACGCCGCGCAAUCUCGCGCAAUUGGCCGCCGAGGACGCGGACGUGCGCCUGUUUGCGGUUCUGUGGCUCAAACAGUACCUGAAAGCGCAGUGGAAGACGCGGACGAAAGUUGACAACACGACGACGAAUUUGCUGUCGGACCAAGAGCGCGACCACAUGCGGCGCGUGCUGCUCUUUGCAGCGCUGCACGAGCCACAGCCAACGAUUGCGCUGCAUCUGUCGCUCCUCAUCGCGUCGCUCGUGCGCCUCGAGUAUCCGCGUCAGUGGACGUUUGAGAUGCUCUUUCCAGUCAUGUUGCAGCCUCUGAGACGGGAGAGUGGCGGGACCGACGUGUCGAGGGAGAGUCGAGGACUGGCCGUGUGCUACUGCGUCGUGAAGGAGCUCGCAACGCGGCGACUCGUGCAGCACCGCAAACAAUUUGCACUGCUCAGUGUCGAGCUCUUGCCGCUGCUGUUGCAGUACUGGAUGGCCGCGGCCACGCAGCUGAAUGAGAGCUUGGCGCGGGCCGAAAAAGAGGCGGCAGGAUUCGUGGGUGGGCAGAAGAUGGCUUCGAUUGCUUCCGCCCUAUCGGUAGGAGGAGAGCAGCUGAGUGCGCUGCUAACGGCUACGAAACUCGUGUCAACGAUGCUGCUGAAUGCGUUUCGGGACUUGAUGGCGCUUCAGAAUGGGGACCUGAUGCGAUCAGCGCUUGUCGGGUUUUACAGUCAGCUCGAGAGACUGGUGACGUUUCGACAAACGUGUGUUCCCCUCGAUAGUGAGGCAGGUAAUGCUACAUUUGGCACGGAAGCUAGCGAGAUGAUGCUGGCCCUUGACAAGUGCAUGUACCGCAUUGCGGCUAUUGUCGUGGGCGUACAGAACUCGUAUCCGAUUGAGUUCCGCGAAUAUUUGCCGCCAUUCCUUGGACUGUUCUGGAACAUUGCAACUGCUUUCGCCUCGGUAUCUGCAACAGUGGCUCCAUCGCCUCGGAAGUUGCAGAUUGUCGCACUACAGUUCUUUGCAAAUGUACUGAGCUGUCGACUGUACAAGAAAGACAGUCUCCCCGGAUCUGAGUGCACGACGCGGAUUGUGAAGGUCAUUACAUCCACUGGAGACGUUAUGCUGACGGACGCUAUGGUUUUGGAAGCGCAAGCAGCUGUGCAUGCUUUUUUCACUCACACGGAGAAUCGCUUUGCAUCGAUGAUGAACCUUGUGGUGAUGCAUUACAUGACGCUGACCGCGAAGGACUUGGAAGAGUGGCAAGGCGACCCAGAAGCGUAUUGUACGUUCAUCGAGAGCUUGACGGCGAAGGAGUCGGCACGAGCAUGUGCUGAAAAUGUAUUUUUGACGCUGAUGCAUCGCUUUCCGGAUCAAGCGAUCCCGUGUUUGACUCAGAUGACAUCGGCUGCCUCGGCAUACCUGGUGGAACUCGGCCAUGGCAGGGUGUCUGCCACUCGUGAUGAUCGACGAAUUCUUGACAUGGAUGCCGUACUUUUGGCCAUUGGUCUAGGCUGCUACGACCUGCACGAUUGCUUUGAGUUUGAGCCGUGGUUUAUCACGAAUCUCGUGCCAAUUCUUAUGAACCCUGACAGUGCUGUCGGGUCCUACCAAGGGCAGCCCGUGUUGCGCUUCCGCAUUGUAUGGCUCGUCAGUUGCUGGCUAGCGCAGCUGUCCGCAAGCGUACGACCGCCGCUGUACGACGCAUUGCUCAACACGCCGGCAUUCUUUCACGAGGCGGAUGCCAACCUCGCUCUUCAGCUGCGUAUAGUUCAGACCCUAGAGUCGAUGAUGGGUGACUGGGGAUUUCAGCACGAUGCGUUUGCUCCGUUCUUGCCUCAGGCGCUGAAGUGCCUAUUUGCCGUCUUUUCGCAAGCGAGUGAGCCUGAAAGCAAGAUGAAAGUGCUGAGUUGUCUCGAGGCAAUCGUUCAAGCGUGUGGUGAGCACAUCGUCGGCUUUUGCCACCAGAUCAGCGCGCCCCUACCCGCGCUUUGGGCAAACGAAAGUGACGCGAGUAACUUGGUCCGCCAGAAAAUCCUCCAGCUCAUGGCAAAGCUUCUCACGAUCGUGAAGGAAGCACAUGCGAAUCCCGCUGGUGAGCACGUGGAGAAUGAUAGCUUGGAGACAUUCCUAAACAUGUGCGUGCAGGUCAUUUGGUUUGCGACGGAUGUAUCGAACCCUGACGAAGUCUUCUUGAUGGAGAGCGGGCUCGAACUCUGGAAUGAAGCCGCCGAAGUAUCAACGGUGUAUACUGAGCAGAUCCAUUUGCUUUUUGGAAACGCGUUGCGUUUGAUGGAGCGCGAUUACGAGCAUGUGGCACUAGUGCUGGCUUUGGUCGAGCGGUACUUGCGACUGGGCAAGACACAAUUCUGGCAGACUUAUCAUCAGAGCGUGUGUGGGCUAUUACAGGGUUUGUUUGGCAACGUCAAAACGGAAGCGUCUUUGCAGAUCGCCCAAGUGGUAGAGAUUGCAGUCACAACUCUUUCAUCUGACCACAUGGAAGGGAUCGUACUGGUGGUGAAAGCAAUGGUUGGAGCAUGCAUUGCUUUUCAGCAAGGUGAGCUGAAGCAUGAGCCGGAAACCGUGCUUGCCGGGUACUUGAGCGUUGUAGCGAGACUAAUGGUGAUUGACCUCGACUUCACGUUGAAGACUGUACUCGUGGACGGUCACGUAGUAGCCGUUCUCGUGGAUACAAUGCUCAGGUUGUUUUACACUGUGGGGACGUCGCCGUUGACGCUACUGAGACGAAAGGUGUGGGCGCUUGCAUUGUGCUCUACCGUCAUGCAGAUAGGGCAGUCGUUAUUAGCAAAGACUGGUCAGGUCCUGGAGAUCUGUGUGGAGGUAAUAGAAGAGGAAGAGGAGGAACGAAAGCAAAAACAGACAGCUGCUGCUGCAGAUCAAGACAAGGAUGGCCCGCGAUCAGGAGUUUACCGUGCUUUCCUCGCUCACCACCGAAGCCAGCACCAGCAACUGCGUGCAGAAGAUAUCUCCAUAUCGGCUGUCGACUUGAAGGAGUCCGUCUGCGAAAGAUUGAACGACCUUGCAGUCAAAUUAGGCAGCAGUGCGUUCCACGAGUUACUACAAACAGUAGACUCGUCAGUGCUGCGCAAAUUCCAGUCAUAA